AUGAGCAUUGAAGAUGUUAUGCUAGAAGCCUUAAAAGUUGGGUAUAAUAUUGAUGAAAAAACAGUGAAACAUAAUUUUGAUUACUUUAAACAUAAUCUAAACAUGUGUGUAUGUGCACUUUGUUAAUGUGGAAAUUGUUAAUGCAAGAAUCCCAGAUUUUAAUUGGCUACAUCAUAUCGAAAAAGAUCUCUAACACCAAAGGUAAGUGUUAGAGAUACUCCAAUCACCAUAAGUAGGACUUUUUAUGAGACUUUUGAGAAUUCUUAUAGGUAGAUGUAAGGUUUACCAAACUAAUUUGUUACAAGCAAUUAAAGGUAAUAUAGAGGAUUUAGUUUAACUGGAACUCCAAACAGAUCAACUAAUUCUAGAGUGGCUUAUCAUUCAUCAUUUGAAGGAAGUACCCGAUAUUAAGAGUUCUUUGCAGAAAAGCCUCAAUAAAAGAAUGUAUUGUUCAAGAGACCAUAUGAAAGGCAUACAGGUCCUUUAAAAAUAAGAUAACUAGAAACUUAAAAUUAAAAAGUUUAUUAAAGAUUGAAGAUAGAACCAUAACCUGCAAUUACUAAAUAAAAUUAAAUGGACCAAGUCUUAAAAGUGUAUGGUUAAUUUAUAAAAUAUUAGAAAUUUAUCAAUUCCAAUGAAAACAAUGUAUUAAUCUUCUUUUCGAGAAAUGCCUGAUUUAACUUAAUCAGUGGAUAGAUAAGCAUGCUAAAAGAGAAAACAAGAGGAUUUACAAUGCAUAAAUCAAAUAAUUUUACCUUUUUAAGCCAAAUCAGUUACAAGUUAAUAGUAUCGACAUCAACCACUGUUUGUGUGUCCAGCAAAAUUAUAAAAAUAUUAAUGA